AUGGGUCUGAUUGAUAAACUGCAAGCUAGUAUGUUGCAUGUCCCAAUCCAAUAUCCAAUGACUUCGCCGCACACACCCCCCCCCCCCCCCCCUCUCUCACCCGUGAAAUUGCAGUCUAACCUGGUCUCUUUCCUGGCAGAGCUCGAGCUUUACCGCUUGGAGCAGCGAUAUGCUCGUCGCAAGCAUCGUACCACUUUCUCCACAGGCGCCCAGUACGUCGAUGGCGAGUACGUGUAUCAGGCUGGUGCCCGCUCCCCCAACAGCACCGGCUCCAAGCAAUCCAGCGGCAGCUGGCGACCAUCGGUCCUGCGCGGGACGCAGGAAUCCCGCUGGCGCUGA